AUGCGUAAAUGUAAAAAUGGACGUUGGCAAACACGUGAAGUAGCAUUCGAUCAUUUAGCAUGUGAUGGUAUUUUGCAAGGGUAUACCUGUUGGUUCUUCCAUGGAGAAAAUGUUCCUUUAUCGAGAACUUCUUCUAGAAACACUCCUUCAUCUAGUUCUACUAGUCAUCCUACGACAAACAACACAUCCACUGGACAAGAUGGUAUGGAGGAAUUGUUGCGGGAUGCGUUUAACAUGCAACAUCACCAUGAUGGUCCAACAUUUGUUGGGGCACAUCCUACUGAUGGAAUGGAAGAUGGUAAUGAAACCCACAUAGGGUUAAAUGAAGAACAACCUUAUGAAGAAGCGUCAAAGUUCUACAAACUACUCAAAGAUAUGAAUGGCAAACUUUAUGAUGGAUCGAAGCAUUCUAUAUUAUAUUUCUGUAUCCGUCUUUUUCACUUAAAGUGCAUGUGUGGUAUAACUGGGAAAGGGUCGGAUUACUUGAUUGACUUUUUGAAGGAGUUCUUUCUGAUGGCCACAAUUCCAGCAAAUAGUCGUGAAUCAAAGAAGGUUAUAAAAGAUCUAGGAUUGGGGUACAAGAAGAUCCAUAGCUGCCCAAAUGAUUGUAUGCUUUACUGGGAGGAGAAGGAAAUGCAACAGGAAUGUCAUGUGUGCGGCGCUUCUCGAUGGUUGCCUACUGAAUCUACCCAACCUGAGAAUGUUGAAGGUGAUCAAGUACUCCAUAAGCGACCAGCGAAGGUUCUGAGGUACUUUCCUUUGAUACCAAGACUGCAGAGGAUAUUCAUGUCGUCAAAAACUUCUACUGAUAUGUCUUGGCAUGCUAAUGGUCGCACAAAAGAUGGCAACUUGAGACACCCAGCCGAUGCUGAGGCAUGGAGAUCGUUUGAUGCUAGAUACCCGGACUUCGCUUCUGAUCCCCGGAAUGUUAGGCUUGACCUAUCCUCCGAUGGUUUUAACCCAUUCAAGUUGUUAAGCACUUCGUACAGUACUUGGCCUAUUGUACUAAUUCCUUACAACUUGCCACCUUGGAUUGGAAUGAAACAAUCCUCCUUUAUUUUGUCCAUGAUAAUUCCAGGUGAGAAGGGCCCAGGUAAUGACAUUGAUGUCUUCAUGCAACCUUUGAUUAAAGAGCUUAAACAAUUGUGGACUGGUGUCGACACAUAUGAUGCAUCCUUAAAACAAAAUUUUUGCAUGCGGGCAGCUUUGCUAUGGCCUAUAAAUGAUUUCCCAGCAUACGCCAAUUUAUCAGGUAACUUGAGUAAAUCAACAACUUCUACUUCAAGAAAAAGACUACGGGAUGGUGAUGUAGACAGUGAUGAUGAGGACCUAGACGAAGAUGGCUUGCAUGGUGCGGAUUUAUGGAAGAAGAGAAGUAUCUUUUUUGAUUUGCCAUAUUGGGAGCAUAUCCUACUACGCAAUAAUCUUGAUGUCAUGCACAUUGAGAAGAACAUUUGCGAGAAUAUAGUUGGAACUAUUCUUGACAUUGAUGGGAAAUCGAAGGAUAAUAUGAAAUCCAGAAUUGAUAUGGCCGAAAUGGGAAUUCGCCAUGAGCUUCAUCUAGAAUAUCUUCCAAAUGGAAGAACAAGACUGCCCCCUGCUUCUUUCACAAUGACAAAAAGGGAGAAAGACAUGUUCUGCCAAGUUCUGAAAAAUAUCAAAGUUCCGGAUGCAUACUCUUCGAACAUUUCCAGAUUUCUAUGUGGUAAAGUUCUUGAUGUAAAUGAGUUGGACAAACUUCAACUUCGAGCGACAAUUUGUUUAUGCCAGUUGGAGAAGAUUUUACCACCUUCAUUCUUCACUAUAAUGGUGCAUUUACUUAUUCAUCUUCCUCUUGAAGCUAAACUAGGUGGGCCCGUUCAUUACCAGUGGGUGUACCCUAUUGAACGGUUUUUGCUCGAGUUAAAAACUUAUGUUCAGAAUAAAAGAUAUCCUGAAGGUUCAAUUGCUGAAGGAUUCUUGGCAGAGGAAUGCGUUACCUUCUGUUCGAGAUAA